AUGACAACUGACUAUGCCACAGAGUCACCUAGGUACACAUUUCCCCUAACAUCCCUUAGUCUCAAAGGGCCUUACGGUCUGAUAAAUAUACAGAAUGUCGAUUUUGUCUCUAACAACGACUGCCGUGAACUACUACUACUGGAAAGAGCAGGGUUCAACCGCAGCGGUGUUGGAAGACUGGCCUAUGAUUACCGCGGGAUAAAAGUCUACGUCGAGACUCGAUAUCAUGGGCACGCGGAACCGAUCAUGACACACCUAGAACAACGGGGGUCUACAAAAUCAAUACUGAAUAUCAUCCAGGGCGCCGGUUGA